GAAAAGAUGAUAUACAAUUGUGUGGAUAUUUACAAGCAGCCUUCGUUAAACCAUCCUUUACUCCAAAAUCACAAAAUUCAGAUGGAACCAUCUUUUUCAGUCCCUAAAUCAAAUCGAUUUGAAAAUAAAAUGCGUACAAAUAUAAUCGGUUGUCCAAACGGAACAGUUCCUAUAUUGAAAAACAUAAAAGACCAUGCUGCAAAUACUCAAUAUUUUGCAGAAAAGUAUUUCAAUCCACUCACAGUUGAAAGUCAUGGAACACAUUUUGAAGGAAUCAGAUUGCAAAAGGAUGGUCCUUACUAUGGUAUAGCAGCUUGGAUAAGUGUGCAUGACUUAAACAUUAGUAGAGACCAAGCUUCAUUUGCUAACAUGUAUGUUGGCAAUCGAGUUAACAACAAAGAAAAUUUUAUUCAAGUUGGUUGGAUGAUAAAUCCAAGUGUACUUGGAGAUGGACGACCGUGGAGUUAUGGAUUUUGGAGGGGUGUCAACGGAGCAGGUUGUUAUAAUACAGUGUGUCCUGGUUUUAUUCAAGUGUCAAAAGAUGAUCCUUUAAGUGAACCAUUACCUUAUGCUCCAGAAGGAAAAAGAAACAUUGCUCUUACUAUUCAGCAGGAUACGGACACAGGUCACUGGUGGGUAACAGAUAUAGAAGAAGGCGAUAAACCAGAUAUACAUAUUGGCUAUUGGCCUAAAGAACUAUUUGAUCUAAUGGGUGAUGGUGCGAACAUACUUGGAAUUGGAGGAGCAGUCCAGUCUUCAUCUUCCGGUGUAAGUCCACCAAUGGGUAAUGGUCAUCUACCAACAAAAAAGGACAUGGAUUCAGCACGCGUUUCAGAGUUUCUCUACAGAUACGAAAAUUCAGACUUCAAGAAUUAUUACCAGUAUUCUAAGUUGGAUAAGCUAUUAGACAGUGAAAAAUGCUAUGGCUUAAAAAAGGGGGACGAUUAUUUUUUCACAUUUGGUGGACCGGGAGGAAAUUCAUGUGGAAUAUAA